ACAAAGAGAAGUAGUGUAUUUCUGUCAUCUUGUCAAUAUUCAAAGUCCAGCGAUGGCCGAGAGCAACGGAUGCUGUUUUUCCACUGUAACCGAUUAUAUCUCCCGUACAUGAUUUUGUUAUUCAUGAGAAGAUAUUCUCAAUGCAGCGCUGCAAUGUGAUGUGAAAAGUUGGUGUAAAGCGCGUUGGGCCAAAUCCGAUUUAUGUAAGCAUGUUCUUUGUUUUUAACCAUUCCAGCCAGUUGUGGUUUGCCAUCGUCAUUGCCAUGAAUCCGGAUUUACUCCACAGAGCGCUACUCACGCCAAGCUCACCAGGGUUGGUAGAUUCAAGACUUCCAUAAAAUGGUACUUCGUUCUUCUUUUCAUACCCUGUAAGACCAAUUGCAGUUGCCCAUCGCAAAGGCGAAGGGAUCUUCUCUGUGCUUCCUUUUGUUUCUCCCUCUUCCUAUACCCUGUAAGACCAAUUGUAGUUGCCGGCCAUCGCAAAGGCGAAGUGAUCUGCUCUGUGCUUCCUUUUGUUUCUCCCUCUUCCUGUUUUGGUUUUUUUUCUUCCGGAUUCGAUUGAAAGCACAAGCGAGGAAGAAAUGGGGAGCUUGGGGACAGUUCUGAAGCACCCAGAUGAUAUCUACCCACUUUUCAAACUGAAGAUGGCUGCAAGGAACGUGGGGAAGCAGAUUCCACCUGAACCACACUGGGGCUUUUGCUAUAAGAUGCUUCAUAAGGUUUCUCGCAGCUUUUCUCUUGUUAUUCAACAGCUCGGUCCUGAGCUCCGCAACGCUGUAUGCAUUUUCUAUUUGGUUCUGAGAGCCCUUGAUACUGUUGAGGAUGAUACAAGCAUAGCUUCUGAUAUCAAAGUACCUAUUCUGAAAAAUUUUCAUCAACAUAUAUAUGAUGGUGACUGGCAUUUCUCAUGUGGUACAAAGGACUACAAAGUUCUAAUGGACCAGUUUCAUCUUGUUUCAACUGCUUUUCUAGAGCUUGGGAGAAGUUAUCAAGAGGCAAUUGAAGAUAUCACCAAAAGGAUGGGUGCAGGAAUGGCAAAAUUUAUAUGCAAGGAGGUAGAAACUGUUGAUGAUUACGAUGAGUACUGCCACUAUGUAGCAGGGCUUGUUGGGUUAGGAUUAUCCAAGCUUUUUUAUGCCUCCAAGUUGGAAGAUUUGGCUCCAGAUUCUCUCUCAAACUCAAUGGGUCUUUUUCUCCAGAAAACAAAUAUUAUUCGAGACUACUUGGAAGAUAUAAAUGAGAUACCAAAAUCACGCAUGUUUUGGCCUCGGCAAAUUUGGAGUAAAUAUGUCAAUAAACUUGAGGAUUUGAAGUAUGAUGAAAACUCCAUUAAAGCAGUGGAAUGUCUAAAUGAUAUGAUCACAAAUGCAUUGUUGCAUGUGGAAGAUUGCCUGAAAUAUAUGUCUGCUUUGCGGGAUCCUGCUGUGUUCCGGUUUUGUGCCAUUCCUCAGAUUAUGGCAAUUGGAACAAUAGCAUUAUGCUAUAACAACAUUGAAGUCUUUAAAGGAGUUGUGAAAAUGAGACGUGGUCUUACUGCUAAAGUUAUUGAUCGAACAAAGUCAAUGUCUGAUGUCUAUGGUGCUUUUUUUGAUUUUUCUUGUUUGCUCAAGAUGAAGGUUGAGAAGAAUGAUCCAAAUGCCACAAAAACUUUAAGCCGAAUAGAAGCAAUACAGAAGACAUGCAGAAACUCUGGGUUGCUGAACAAAAGGAGUUCGUAUAUGGUUGAGAGUAAACCAAGUUAUAAUUCAGUUGCGAUAAUUGCAGUCUUCAUCCUACUCUCGAUCUUCCUUGCAUUUCUCUCCACUAAACAACCAAUUCAUUCAGAUUAGAAACUUUCCUUCUGGGUAUCCUGUCAACAUGGAUGGGCAGAUCACAAAACUGGGUCUUUCUUUUUUACUGAGAAUCUACCGCGUUGUUGUUACAGUAACAUUGUUCUUUAGCUUCCAACACUGCAACAAAUAUAUCCCUAAAAAAGUGAUAGUGUGGUAAUUUUCUCUGAAUGCAAGCAAUGCAAGUCGUAUGGGUUCUUUUAAUCCCAGAGAUA